ACGUAACAUGGACAGAUAUAGGUAUUUGAGUAAGGCGAAACGACCGCGGAAGAUUUUGAAAGUUAAAUCCUCUAAGUAUGAAGGUUCUGAAAUGAUUCAUAGUAAUAAAAAAUAUUGGGAUACUGUUUUCAACGAAUUGUCUGCUCCUGCUGAAGGGCCGGUAAGUGAUUCUCGUAUUAAAGCCAUUCUGCCAAAUGACCUCUGCAGUAAAGUUUGUAAUAUAUUGCACAUCGGCGUAAUAUCAAAGGAACUCAAGGAAACAGACAACGCUGAAGCGAGAAAACCGCGCAGACUGGAGAAGCAACCGUUGUUAUCUUUUAGAAAAACCCUUUACGUAAACCGAGAAUUGGACUCUGACACCGAUGUGGAGUUUAUCUCAAGUGACGAAGAAGAAAAACCAAGUGUACAUAAAGAAUUUUUGAAGAAACCAGAACGAGAGCAAAUUACAUGGAACACCCGUUACCUUGAACCCGAAAAAGAAGACGAAAAGACUCUAGUGAAGCGCGCGAAUGACCUCACUGACCGAAUUGCUCACAAUUUUUGCGACUACAUGAAGCAAUUGGGUGGGGACCAACAAUCGCAUCUGUUCACGCCUAAAGCUAUUAAAGAAUUAUUCCAGAUUGAAUUUGAUACACAUGCCUCAAGAAGUCUGCAGGUUGUUCCAAAAGAAUUGCCCACUGUAAAAGAACAUAUAGCUAUUAUCACUGAAAAUCCAGAGAAGUCCGAAUUCGCGGCUCUUGGACGAGAGAUAACCAAGGAUAUAAAAGCCGAAGGUCGCGGUGACCGCCUUCGUGCAUUCAAUAGGAGCCUGCCGCCCAGGGAGCAAUGGCGCGCUCCUCGCAACGACACCAAGAACAUGUGGAGAUCAGCUCGCCACGUGCCACAAGAACUUGUCACUUUGAAAACCGUCUGGGAUGGCAUCACUAAUCUGAGAAGCGUGAAAGAGUACUGUCGUUGGAUGAUAGAGCACCCCGAAUAUCGACGAGCGCCGUACCUUCGCAGUUUGGGCAUGUUUGACGCCGCAGCGUUGGAUGCACGGCUGACCUUCGAGCUGAAGCAACAGAUGUCGCCGACGAUGCUGUCUCCCACAGACAUCCCCGCACCCAUCGACCACAUCCGUAGAAGACUCUCUGAAUUAGCCGACACCACUAAAUCCACUGAUACCUGUUGA